AUGAGAGACUGCUGGAAAAAAACACGGAGCAAAGCCGGCGUCGCCUCCAUCCAGCCACGUACUUCCUUUACGCGCAACGUCUCGAAACUCCGCUGGUUUCCGCCUGACGCAAUACCUCCUGAUGUAACACCUGUCCUCUCGAUGCAGGAGGGGAUAAAGAAAAAGCAAACGUCGCGCUGGAGAGAAUAUCGACGACAUGCCGCUCCUGGACUUCGGGGAGCGCCAGGAAACGUGUCUCGCUGGAAACCAAAACCCACGAGCGAUCCUGAGGGGAAGGAGGAGAAUCUGUCGCCACCCGCAUCUGCAGGAGCGAACUUAGAUGAGACCUCAGUGGAUGCUUGGGAAAUAGAUGUACCUAAUAAGACUCCAGUGCCCUCUCGCAGCCCUGCCUCCUUGUCUCAUUUCUCCUUGUCCUUAUCACCUUCCUACUCCUCGUCAGCAAUGCCUAUACCUAGUGAAAGAAACCUUGCCACUGAACGAAACUUUACAGAGACUCCCCCAGACUAUCCACUGAGAGGUACACGUAAUCAACACCGGCAGGAGAGGGAUACUGAUUCCUCUCUUCACCAUCUCACGAGUUUCAUUGACGUCGACGGCCAGGCUGAUGAUGAUGAUGAUGAAGUUGGUUACGAGGAAUGCGUUUACUUCACACCGCCAUCGUUCUCUGUUUCCUCGAAGGACUCUGCCGUGACCACAGAGGAGCCGCAAGGAGUGCUGGGCGAGGUGCAGCACGUGGUGGACACGGUGCUGACAGUGCUAGUGAAGGACAUCAAUGACAACGCCCCUGUCUUCCCCAACACCACCAUCUACGGCAAGGUGGAAGAAAACGGAGCUGCCAACCUCUCAGUAGCCGUCGUCGCUGCCUGGGAUGCUGAUGACGCCUCUGAAGGGACCAACGCCAGACUCACUUAUUCCAUCGAGAAGAACGUGAUUGACGAGCGCUCCGGGGAUGCCAUCUUCGCCGUGCACCCCGAGACAGGCCUGGUGCGGACGGCCCUCUGCUGCUUGGACCGCGAGACCACGCCAGAGUAUCACAUCCAGGUGGUGGCGACGGACGGCGGUGGACAGAAAGGCACAGGCACGGUGGUGAUUCGCCUGUCAGACGUGAACGACAACUCGCCGCGCCUCGCCAGGAAGCAGUGGAACCUGACGGUGCAGGAGACGUGGGGGGACCAGGAGCCCGAGAACACCACCCUGCUGGAGAUUGCGGCCGCCGACAGGGACACCGCCAACUACUUCCACUACAGGGUGGUGAAGGAGAGCGGGUGGGGGUGGGAGCAUUUCGGGAUCAGGACGGUUGGGGCGGUGGGCCAGCUGUACCCGGCCCGCACCCUGGACUAUGAGGACGUGAGGCACAGGGAGGGAUUCAAGUUCAUGGUGCAGGUGACAGACAGGGGUCGAGGAGGCUGGACUGAUCCUCUUCAUCUAGACUCAGGCUGGAUCUCUGUUAAGCUCAAAGACGUGAAUGACAACCCACCCGAGUUCAUCCGCCCUCAGGCCCACGUCACGGUGAGAGAGGACGCCGCUCCUGGCACCCUCCUGGCCACUCUCCCCGCCCAUGACCCAGAUAUGGCGGGGCAGCAGAAGGUAGACUACUGGGUGGAGGGCGGCUGGGAGGCGCUCAAAGUAGACAGUGAAGGGAGCGUGACUCUCUGGAGGGCGCUGGACCGUGAAACUCCAGGCGGCGCUGCUGGCAUGGCGCUCCUGGUGGCAGUGGACAGAGGCGUGCCACCGCUCACCGCCACCGCCACUCUCUCCAUCACCGUGACGGACGUGAAUGACUGCGCUCCCACCCUCCUCCCGCCCACCGUCUUCCACGUGCCCGAGGACUCCCCGCCCACUAUGCUCGGCGUACUCAAGGCGACGGACAAGGACAUGUGGGCGCUAGGUCACGGGCCGCCCUUCAACCUCUCGCUGUCCUCCAGUAACCCCGACCAUGUCCUGGCCUCUGUGUCACUCAAGUUUGAUCCACUACUAGACAGCGGGCGGGGCGGAGCGGAGUUGUGGACGAUGGGCGGGCUGGACAGGGAGGCGUGGCCGGCCCUGGAGGUGGACGUGUCUGUAGGUGACGCCGGCGGGCUGUGGGCGUCCCAUACCGUGGUGGUGGUGGUGACAGACCUCAACGACCACCCCAUGAAGCCCGCGGCCAAGACUGUGUACCUGUGGAAGACCCAGGGGGGCGGAUCUGAGGCGCCUCUGGGUCGUGUCUACGUGGAGGACCCUGAUGACUGGGACGCUGCUGACAAGACCUACGCGUGGGACGGUCCUGCGCAUCCUAUGUUCUCUCUGCACCCCCGAGAAGGAACGAUAUUCGCUGCCAGCGUGGUCAGGGAGGGAAGCUACGCCCUAAGGUUCAAAGUGAGCGACAGGGCGUGGGGUCAGGAAGGCGUGGCUGCAAACGUGACAGUGGUGGUGCGCGACCUCAGCCCGGACGCCCUCACACACGCCACGCCCAUCAUCCUUACGCCCACCACACCCGAGCACCUCACUCGCGGAUGGACGCCCACGGGAGGCGGCGGGGGGCUGGGAACAGUGCUGGAGGAGGUGCUGAAGGCGUUAGGAGAAAGGAGCACCGACCACAAAGUACAGGUGGUGUCUGUGUACGGCAGCUCGUCCCCUUACCACACUCACCACACAAUCCAGCAGCGCCUUGGCCAGCACAGCUACUACAACUACAACAAACAUGCUGAUGAAGGUAAAGCAGUAAAGAAUGACACUAAAGGGGAAGUGCAAGGAGAGGAUGCUGUGUACCCUCCUCCGCCGCCCUUCGCCUGCGUGUGGCUUAGUGUGGUGGCGCCUGACGGAGUGUUCCUUAACCCUACCAGACUACAGGGAAUUCUUGGCCUCCACGUGCAACAGCUGGAGGAGGCAACGAAGCUGCGGGUGGAGCUGGAGUCGCCCAAAGAAGCGGAAAGACGUCUGGAAGACACGGACGCGUCCCUAACUGAUCUCCAACCCGGGGAUCCAUCCUCUGCGGCCUCUCUUGCCUCUACCACCCUCCCGCUACAGGUCGUGGACGCCAACACCACUUCUCUGGUCACCCCACGACUCACCCGCGCCCUGCCCUGCCGCGCUCACGACCCGGAGACCUGUACGCCCUCCUCCUGCCUCAACGGGGGACGCUGCCUGCCCACUCCCGCGGGCAACAGGUGCGUGUGUCCUGGCGGCGCCGAGGGGUGGCAGUGCAAGGUGCUGGCGCGGACCUUCCUGGGAUCUGGGUGGGCGUGGGUGCCGCCGCCCCCACGCUGCCUCCCCACCACCCUCUCCCUGCGCCUCCUCACCCGCCGCCCACACGCCCUCCUGCUCUACGCCGGCCCAAUGGCACCCACUCACCGGCCUAAGGACACUGCACCGACGCCCAUGCUCGCCUUGCAGCUGAGGCACGGCCGCCCGCAGCUCUUGGUGGAAGGGGGCGUGGAGCCGAUGAAGGUGGAGGUGAAUGCCACGCUUACUGACGGAGAGUGGCACCACCUGCACUUUCGCCUCGACGCCCAGGGCGUGGCACUCAUGGUGGAUCACUGCGGGCGUGGCUGGGAGAGGCCUAACCAGACCUACACCCAUUGCUUAGGGCGGAGGGCGUGGGCGAACCCCGACGGGUGGGGGGCGUGGCCAGGCUCAGGGCCGCUACAGGUGGGCGGGAUGGCACACAGGCCGCCCACCGCCGAGGAACACCGGUGGGCGGAGGCGCCUCUCCCACACCCACUCCACGGCUGCCUCUCUCACCUCACCCUCAAUGGACAGCUGGUGGAUCUUGGACAGCCAGCCCACAGCGGAGGUAGCAUGCCCGGCUGCCGCCCACAAGAAACCGCAUGCCUUGAGGGAGAGGGAGGGUGCGGCCACCGGGGGAGGUGCGUCGGCGGCCUCAACCACCCGGAGUGCGAAUGUCACCCUGGAUGGUUUGGCGUAGGCUGCAGUACACCUUCGCCUUCCACCACCCUGGGCCGCGGCUCGUACAUGCGGGUCGCCCUGUCCUUCACGCCGCCCCCCACCUCACUCACGCUACAAGCACGGCUGAGGACAUGGGGUAGAGCAUCGGGGGCAUUGUUACACGUGGCGGCGCAGCACCACGCCGCCGCCUUCACCUUGCACCUUCGCUCGGGUAUUGUGUGUGUAUCCCUGACCGGCGCGGGCGUGGGCUUGCGAGAGGCGUGCGUGGAGGGCCGCAGCGUGGGAGACGGGGCAUGGCACACGGUCUUCGGGGAGCGGCACGGCGACAAUCUGCUCGUUGGUGUGGAUGACGGAGACGGCUGGCGGCGGAACGAUAGCCUGGUGUCGCUGCAGGCGUGGCGCGGGCGUGGGCGUGGGCGUGGUGAUGGCGGAGGUGAUGCGUCGCCCUUCCCGCCGCCCAUCCCCAUCCUGGUGGACAAGCACGAGGGGGGUGGCGGUAGGGGGCCUGCCCACGGGCGAAGGCGGCGAGGUGGUUGGCUUGACGGAGGACCUGGCUGACGUUUGCAUCGACGACGUGCGAGUGAACGGCCGCCAUCUUCCCCUCCCACCUGCGGCUAACGGAACCAGCUGGGGACAGGUGACCACCGCGAGGAACCUGACCCAGGGUUGCGUGAUGCCUGACCCCUGCACCAACACCACCUGCGCCCCGCCACUCUCCUGCAGCGCCGCCUCAACCUGGGAUCAACCCGCCUGCAGCUGCGGGUCUGGGCGGCAGUUGGUGGGGCGUCGCUGCGAGGACGUGGACGAGUGCCUGUGGAGUCCCUGUCUGCACGGAGGCACCUGCACCAACCUACGUCCGGGGUACCUGUGUCUCUGUGCCCCCACCCACGCCGGGGGACCAUUGCCAGUGGAACACACGCGCCCACGCCCCUUCCGCCCUCACCCUUCCUGCUGUCCUGGCUGUCUCCCUGGUGGCGCUGCUGAUCCUCGUCUUCGUCGUGUCCCUUCGUCUGCACCGGCGCGGGAGCCUGUGUGUGCGGGGCCGCUCGGAGGAGGAAGCGAGUGGCGGCAAAACUAACGCUAAUGGAGAUGAAAGCAGGCAAGAGAAGAAGAGGAAGAGGAGUAGACGAUCCAGGAGGGGGAGGAAAAGGAAAGAGUAGUAGAGGGAAGAGUCUCCGGAAAGAUAACUCUCCUGAUAGUUUUCUUGUACGUCUUCGUUUAAAGUUUUCUGGUCAAGGAUCGUCGUGGUGUGAGGCGCAGACAGCGCGGAGAAGCUCGGGGGAGCAGCAGGAGAAGAUCAGGCAGCCACAGAGGGGGGCGCCUCCCCUCCCCCCGUGACCCCCGUGAUGGUGACCCCUGACCUGGCGCGGGACGACCUGCGAGCCUACGCCUACGAGGGGGAUGAGUCGUCCUCUGGCUCCCUCACCUCGGCCAUCGCAGAACUCAAAAUCAUCAGCGCAAGAGAGGAAGGGGACGCAGGCGGCGGCGGGGGUGGCGGCAGCAAUGGCAAUAGACCCUCAUCCAUCCAGCUCAUCCCGGGGUUCCUGGAGGUGGUCGAUUUGUUGAAGAACCUCCCUGAAUCGUCAAACGGGUCCUCAUCCUUCUCCCAGUCAAGUGCAAGGGUUGGUACAGAGGGUCCAAGGUCACCCUCAGUGCCUCCCCCGCCUCCGCCGCCGUCAGGAGAAGCCGCUGUCCUGGUGGCGAGCAGUGUGGUGUCCUUGCAGCCUGGCGAGGAGAAGGCUAAGACGAGGAUAGGCAAGAUGUCCUCCCCUGCGCGGCGCCAGAAGGGACAGGAGGCGGCGGAAAGCGAGGUGCUGUCCACUGUUUGCUGACUGGGAUGAGUGUGACGUUGGUACUGGUGUGUGUGUGUCUGUGUGUGUGUGUGUGUGGUGGGUUUGUGUGUGUGUGUGUGUGUGUGUUACAGGAACUCAUGCCACAUGGUGUUGUGGUUUACAUAUCUUCCCUCAAACAAUAUUGAUUCUUCUCUCAUUUAUUUAUUUAUUUACUCUCUUCAUUAUAUCUCCCUUCUAAGAAUCUAUCCAUCCAUGCUUCUCUUUUUUUUUCGUUCCUUGUUUCUUGUAGUGUUGGUGAUGUUGCCACUACUACUACUACUACUACUACUACUACUACUACUGUUGCUGCUGCUGCUGCUGCUGCUGCUGCUUCUGCUACUAUUAUUACUAUACUACUACUACUUUUAUUAUGACGACUGCUGUUAUUAAUGUUAUUACGACUGCUGUUAUUAAUGUUAUUACUACUAUUAUUACUGUUGCUGCUGUUUCUCUCUCUCUCUCUCUCUCUCUCUCUCUCUCUCUCUCUCUCUCUCUCUCUCUCUCUCUCUCUCUACACACACACACACACACACACACACACACAUUGUCCUCCUUUUGAUAUAUUUUAUACAUUUAUAGGAUGUCAAUAAGAAAUGUUGCAUAACCUA